CUGCGAAAUAGAGCCGGGUCACAUUAAUCAGUACGCUGAACUAUAUUGCUAAGAAAUUUAUUGCUACAUUUAAGCAUCUAUCUUAUUUCGAUAUGUUGACAUAUGUAAAUAGUAUUAUACAUUGAUUACUUUCAGAGAUUUUAAAGCAAUAUGAUGCAAAUAAAAGACAUAACUAAAUAUACCGGAAGUGCAUAUAACACUACGCGCCAACAUGCAAGAUGGCGGGAGAAAUGCACGUUUGAUUACAACCAAAAUUAGAAGUUGCUGAAACAACAGAUGCUUAUUGGACUCUGAAUUCCAUUAACCUUUAAUCAAAGAUAUAUAGUGUAGAAACCAUUGGGAACCCAUUUUCCAGAUCUAUCGGGAUGAGCAAAUCUUCACCUCGACGUGACGCAUUGCUUAGCAUGAAUAAAUCUUCACCACGGAGAGAACAUCUGUCAGUAGUGAAGAAAAGUUCUCCUCGGCGAGAUGUCACACCUCCCAUCCGAUCCUCUCCUCGAAGGGAAUUGUUGUCCAACACCAAACGAACAUCACCCAAGAAAGACCAGAUGAUUACUUCGUAUAGAUCCUCGCCUAGGGCAGAGUCAAAAGUACCAAAGACGUCGGAAGGUAGAAUGUCGAGGUCUGAUGUCGGAGCAUCACCAAAAUCAGAGGUUAAAGCUUCUCCAUUAUCGUUUCAGUCAUCUCUAAUGAGUUCCACAAAGUCUUUGUUACCAAGCACACCUAAGUCUGUGACUCCUUCCCCAUGCAGUUCGACAUGUAGCUCUCCUGAGAGACCCAGUCCCAAGGCACCCAAGCCUGUGUCUAGGACGGAGUUGGCGCUUAGCACGGUGCCUGCAACAGAUAAGUCAAAGAAAUCUACGUCCAACAAAGGAGCUAACAAAUAUGCAAAGCGUGGAAAAUUCAACAUCGGAUCAGAAGUUCUGGCUAGGUGGAGUGACGGUCUUUUCUAUCUUGGAAAUGUAUUGAAAGUUGAAGAGAAAGAAGGGAAAUGUUUUGUACAAUUCGAGGACAACUCUGAAUACUGGGUGUUAUACAAAGAUCUUCAGAAAGGAGCCAAAGAAGGGGAGAUAAACUGCUGCGUUUGUCAGAGUGAUGUGUCAGAGGCCCCAAAUGAAAUUGUGCUAUGUGACAAUUGUGGUAUUGGGUACCACCAGGAAUGUCAUAACCCUACCAUUGAUGAUGAGUAUGUGAUUGAGGAGGAGGUGGAAUGGUGCUGCAGACUCUGUAUAUUUGCUGCCACAGUCAAGAAAGGAGGUGCCUUAAAGAUUGGGGAUGAUGCAAAAGCCCUGCAGAAGAUGAAACAGACAUUUCCUUAUGAUCUAAACAAAUUGACCUGGGAUGCCCAAAGAAAAACCAACGUGGAGCAGUGUUACUGUUACUGUGGGGGUCCGGGGGACUGGUACCUAAAGAUGCUACAGUGUUGUAGAUGUAAGCAGUGGUUCCAUGAAGCCUGUAUUCAGUGUCUAGAACAUCCCCUGCUGAACGGAGACCGGUUUUACCUGUUUGUCUGUUCACACUGUAACAGCGGGCCAGAGUACAUCAAGCGACUUGAUCUUAAAUGGGUGGACAUAGCCCACCUGGUCCUGUUCAACCUCACACUCUCUGGCAUCAAAAAGUUCUAUGACUUUGAUGUGGUUUUGGCCUACAUGACCGCCAACUGGAACAAACUACAGCUCAGCAGCCAGAUUGCUGAAACAACUGAAGAGGAGAGACAGAAGAAACUAUAUGAUAUAUUGAGGGGUCAUAAAACUAGAUUCACAUUCAGCCGUGAAGUAAAGAAGAAACACACCUACUGGGGUCUGAGGAUGAGGGCCCCGCCCCCAGGUCCCACAAUCAUACUCCCUGUUGAUGGACAAAUCAAUGAAGAGGUCAUGAACUCUCUGCAGGCCAAAGGUCACAAAACCAAGUGCUUUGUUCCUAUUCAGUGCUCUCUAGGCCAGAAGACGGCUCUAGUGCUACCAAGUAAUUCACCAGUGCCCCUGCGAUAUAAGAAGAACAGUCAUGAGAUGGAUGAAUCGAUUGCUUUCAAGUCUGAUAAAGCUAGGAAAAAACUGAUGAAAGCAUUGGAGAAUGGUGAUGAUGAUAUCUGCAGUGACAACCAAAACUAUGAUGGGUAUGAUGGAUCUCUGCCCAUCAAAGAAGAUCAAAGGUUAGUGUCCAAGAAUUCAUCUUCAUCCAGGAAAGGUAAAUCCAGAAAGAAGCCAUCCAGUACAUUAGAAAACAUUAUACCAGCGCCUACAGACUUUGAAAGUUUCAACCAUCCUUUCAAAACGGAAAUUGAACAGAAACAGGAGUUUGCCAAACACCAGAGGAAGAUGCAGAUAAUAAAUUAUCUGUACCAGAGCUAUGACAGUGACUCUGCCUCCCAGAGCUCUUUGUGUUCAGGACUAUCAGGUGACGACCCCACAAAAGCCAUUCCCACACCCCCUCCUUCUGUCACCUCCUCCCUGUCCACAGAAACACUGUCAUCAUGCUCUAGAGAAACUCAUCGCCAGAGAAGGGGAAAAAAACGAAAGGGCUGCGAUGGGGAGCAGGAAGCUGUUGCACCGCGACGUAGUAAAAGGACUCGAGUUAGCAUAUCUGGACGUUACGACGAGGUACAGAAUGUGAUUGACACGCAGAUGAUUGAAAGUGUAAAAUGUCACGUUGUUAAUAUGGAGCGUAUCAAAUCUAAUAUCAGCAGUUACUUCGGUGCCACUGACCGUCUGAAGAAGGGAGAGAAGUAUGAUGUGUUGGCUAAACGUGUGAAGCCUGGCGGGAAAGUACAAUAUUUGAUUGCAUGGGAUGGAAUUGUAGCAUAGACAUUUGACAUUACUAUUGUUUUUAUAUGUAUCUUGUUUCUAACACAAGAGUUCGAUGCUGUUGUUAAUGUGGCCAUAAGAUUCUAGGUAUUAUUACUGUGUGUGCCUGUGUGUGCUAUGUCUGUAUGAAUGUUUUGUUUUACCCCAGCGUUUGAUGCUUGGAGCGUGGCCACAAGACAUUUGGUGCGAUGUAUUACACAGGUGUGCGGGUGAAUGAUUAUAUUGAUUGUAACACCGGGGUUCAAUGCUGUUAUGAGCAUGGCUUUAAGACAUUAGCUAUCACAGUUGUGUGUGCGUUAGGGUAUGUAUGAUUGUUGUUUCUGGCACCAGGGUUUGAUAGUGUUAUGAGCAUGGCUUUAAGACAUUAGCUAUCAUAGUUGUGUGUGCGUUAGGGUAUGUAUGAUUGUUGUUUCUGGCACCAGGGUUUGAUGGUGUUGUAAGUGUAUCUAAUAACACAAUUAAAAUAGUUAGGAAGAGAUUUUUGACUUGUGAUCAAAGAAGCAGGUAUGAAAAUGGUUGUUUACAAAAGACUGUAUGUGUUCUGUUCCACAGGCACAACUAGAGAGCAUCAUAAAGAACGACUUCGGUAGAUUUAUGAUGAUAAAAUAUAUAAGGAUUAAAGAUCUUAAUGUGGCUAACAGAUCAAUGCAAAUUAUACUUAAUUGAAAAUUGAAUUGAAGAAUGAAUGAAACCCAUCUAUCUCGUGUUCUGCAACAUUUUGUUUUCAAAACCAUGGAUUUGGUAAAGAAGGACUACAUAAUAAUUUAUUCAGUGGAUUUGAAUUGAGAGAAAUGAAGUUUCAUAUAACAGGAAACUAGAUAAAUAGGUAUCGUGAUAGUUAGAAUGAGUGAUGAAAGUUUUGAGUGAUUUUUAGUUUCAUAGAUUACUAUAUAGUGUGAAUGCUAAAUAAUGUAAGUGUACAUUUCUAUAUAUAUAUGUCUGUAUUCAUGUGAUUUUAUCGAACAUGGACUUGAAAGAUUUGUUUGAUCAUUACGAAUGAAAGGACAGUGGUUGAUAACGACUGAAUUUGAUAUGUGCUAUCAAGGAUCAACGACAACUUGAGCUUCAGAAAAGCCUUAAAUGUAAUUAUUUUUGUAUUAAUAUAUUUUUUGAAAUUUCCGAUAAUUUUUCCGAUGAUUUUUAGCUGGGUGUUAAUGAUGUUACAAUACUGAGCGCUUGUGCUGAUAUGUAUGACUAUGUGAUUAAAAAUUAUGUUGGUGUUAUGUUGCUAUGAAUAUUUUUUUACGAUAUGGAACUUAGUAAGUACCGUGUUUUAGUGAAGAUUAAUGAUGUAUAUCCUUUCACUGUGUUUUCUGUGAAAACUAUAAUUUUUUAUACAGUGAAAAUAAUUGUGCCAGUCCGCAGAGGACAAAAAAUGUCUGUUUUGUGGCAGAUGAGACUCAUUGUAAUUGAUUAUGUUCAUGCAAGAUUGAUUAGAUCCUAGGUCAGGAGGUGUAAAUAAAGAAUACUUUCAUAAUCAUAACUGUUUUUUUUAGAAGUAUCUAUCUGAUAUGUUUUAACUGUUUGGACCAAAUGUAAGGUGAAUUUAUUGAUUCAUUGGUUUAUUGGUUAGUUUUUAUAUUUCUUAAAUUUGAAUUUUAUACUGCACUCUGUAGAUUUGUGACGUUUCAUGUAUGAUUUGGAGUGAAAGUGUCUGUAAUUAUGUUUGUAGGUAAUCACUCUAUCUACCGAUGGUACCACAGUUCAUUCAAAAUCAUUUCACAUUAGUAAAGUAGUAGUGUCAGAUAUUAAAACAUUUGUUAUUUUGAAGAAAAAAAAAUCAUCAAUUCAUAAAAAAAAAAAUUCAUUAAUUCAUUUUUCAAUUCAUCAUUCUUUUUUUUUCACAAAUCAUGAAGUCCAGUAUGCAUACUGUGUAAAAUUUUGUGCAAUUUUAUAUGAUUAUUGGGAAAAUUGGCAGAAGGGUGAACAUACUCGAUUUGUAACAGGGUAAACACAUCACUCUUUCACGACUAUUCUCACUUAGUAAGGAAUAUGUAAUUCCUUAAAAAUUAAAAUGUCAGAGAAAACUUUCCUGAUAUCCCUGCCAUCCUGUCCUGCCAUGGUUAAACCACCCUGAUCCAAUUUCAUCUCUUGUGUCUUCAUUUCUAAGCUGAUUUCGAUAAAACUUAAAAAGGUUGUAUAAAAGAAUACCUCAGGAGUCCAUAUUUUAAUGCUCCAAAGUCAAGGUCAAGACCAGGGUCACACUGUUAUCUCUGAUUAGAUUUUGAUCAAAUGGAUUAAGGUCUUGCAUCAGAAUACCUUAAAAGAGUUCAGUGUAAGUUCCAAGGUCAAGGCAAAGGUCAAGUUUAAAUACAAAAAAGGAUGGUUACUGUGUUCAAUCAGAAUUUUAAGGGGAAAAUGUAGUUUUUGACUUUGUUAUUACCAUUACGUGUAAACUUCAUUUGUAAGUUAUUGUUUUAUGUUCACUAUAUACAUAAGUUGUAUACAUUCACAUCAAAUAUUAGCAUAGAACAAUAGGUAUUAAAAUGUUGACUAUAUAUAAGACAGUUUGACAAUCAACAGUUGUGCCUUGUAAAAGACUUUGUGUUUCUAUAUAACGGAGGUAAAUGUGCAACUACCAACAUUUAAAAUUCACUAGACUUUUGUAACUGCCGCGGUGGCCAAAUGGUUAAGGCAUUGGACAUUCUGCUACCACUAGCCCUCCACCACUGGGUCGCGGGUUCGAGAACUACGCGGGGCAGUCGCCAGGUGCUUGCCGUUGGUCUGUGUUUUUUCUCUGGGAACUCCGGCUUUCCUCCACCAUCAAAACCUGGCACGUCCUUAAAUGACCAUAGCUGUUAAUAGGACUUAAAACACAAACAACCAAACCAAACGUAGACUAGUAAAUUAAAAUAAGUCAUCAUUAAGGGAAGUAUACUAUAAAAUUCCAUGAAAGAUUUCUUUGUGGUAUUGAGUAGUGAUGGGCUAAUGGGGGUUAUACAUAUAUUUUUUAAAUUUUCAAUGCAAAUAUAGUGUAGUGAUGAGCGACUCGCACAGAUUGUUACGUUAUACACAUUUACAGUGAUGAAUCUAUAUAUUAGGUCCUAUUCUCAGGAGUUUUGUUGGGACUCGUAGAGUUUCUGGGAACACUAAAAAUUAACAUUGUGGGACCCGUUAUUGUAAGCAAUACAGUUAAAAAGGAGCCAUGGAAAUAAUGUAGAUUGAUCACUGCAUUUAUCGCAACUUUGUUUUCAAGACAGUGGCCACAUAUCGGUAAAACACCUUGAGGAUUGGCAUAUUUUGGGACCACGGUUUAAUAUAUUAUAUUUAUAUACAUUGCAAGUUAUGUAUUACCAUGCACAAGGAGUAAGACAUUUUGGUUUGUCCUGGUAAUGUUUAAGAUAUUUGUUUCAUGAAUAAGAAGUUCAUCUAGAAAUUUUUGUGUCAUGUUUUUGCAAUGAACUCUUCUUGAAUGAUUCAGAUAUGAAUUAUUUUUAGUGGAAGGGAGAUAUUAUAAUAGGUGAAAGAGUUGAUGUAUGCAGAAAAGAUUUAAUAUCAAAGUAAUUCAAUUAUUAUUAAACCAUUAUUUACUGCCAAAAAAUACUUGUUUUGGAGGUCAUCUAAUUUUAGCACUUUUCAUGAUUAAAACCUAGAGCUAAAUUGAUAGCACUAGUUGCAGUAAAUGGAUAUUGUUUCUAUUAAAUAUAUUUUGGUUGCACCAGUCUGUCAAUGUGCUAUAAUCUGUUAAUAUUGAUUAUGUGCUAAAAUUUGACUGCGCUAAAAUAAGUAUGUUUACAGUAUACCGGGUACAUGUACAAAAUAUGAAAGUUUGGUGUAGCUAUUAUCAAGGUCUGUCUGAAGCUAAUAUAGUUAUUGUCAUUGUGAGCUUCGGCUGGCUGUCCCUGACAAUUGUGAGUGAUACUUUGAGAAUACAAAUGUACCUGAAUAUGGUGUAUUAUCAUCUCUGCAGUUGUCCACAUGUUUUAUUUGUUAAAUUGUUCACUUUGUUUAGAGAACAGUUUCAAAUUUGUCCCUGUAAAUAUUGCUCUAUAACACAAAAAAAUAGUCACUAUAUUUGCAAAAAUAAAAAUUAUAUGUUUUU